CUGCCGUCGGUUCACAGCUGAGUUUUUAUUCAAACCGGUCGGAAGAAGAGCUUGAAGAAAGUGAAAAUCGAGGGUGAGUUACCUGAGCUCUGCUCCACAGAUCCCAACAUGUCCAAACUUGGUGAGAGCUUUAUUAAAAAGGGAGCCUCGAUCCGUCGAAGCCUCAGGUUUGGUUCUAAGAAGGAGAACGAGAAAACCAACAGGCCGGAGGUUCUGCUAACAACGUCUGAAGGUUUGGUGGAGAAGAUGGAGGAGGAGGUGGAGGAGGAACUAGAGGAGAUGGAGGAGGUGUAUAAUCUACCAGACAUCCCUCACACUCCUCUGUCAGUGAUGCAGAUCAACAAGCUGAUAGAGAUGGAGGUUCUGGAGGAGGCUCACCUGAACCUUCUGGCCUUGAGGCUGGAGUUUCAGAAGGAGCAGGACCGGUUUGACCAGGACUGUCCCAUGGAGCUCUCAAAGAAAGAGAAAGACCUGAACCUGCUCUACAUGGACCUACGGACCAAGAUCGGAACCAUCGUUCGAGACUCAAACUCCCUGCCCGCCAGGAACAAACCUCUGCUGGUCUUCGUGGCCCGGAUCAUCCAGGAGGAGGAAAAGAGGUCCGCAGAACCCGGAGGACUUCCUGACAGCUGGAUGGAGGCCUGGAGGGAGGCGGUGUGUGAGGGGGUCCAGGUGAAGGUGAACAGUGUUCACCUGGAGCACAGGGACAAGAACCCCUCGUGGUUAGCAGUCCACCUGGGUCUGCUGGGGAACGCCAUCGUGGAGGAUUUGCAGAAYGUGAAGAGGGACCUCCGGUGGUCCUACCCCCCCAGCUUCAGGGUCUUCAGCUCCUACGUGAGGAGCUACCACCGAGUUGUCAGGCAGCACCUGAAGAAGCUGGAGCCACAGGUGACGGAUCUGAAGGACCUGUUCGCCCUGCUGGACUGGAUCCUCAACAAGUACAAGAGAAAGUCAAAGGAACUGUUCAGAACUCCAGAAAACUUGAGAGUGAAGUGGAACAGAAAGUCAUCUCCUCCUGCAUCGAGGAGCUGAAAAGCUUYCCCCGGCGGUUUGAGAGCCAGUUCAGGUCUCAGUGCGGGGCCCUGCAGCCUCGGCCUCUCUGGACUCAGUAUCAGAUCACCUACAUCAACAGCUUUGCUGCUCUGCUGGACCACAUGGACGGGUACCAGGACAGCUGUCCUAACGAGGUGGAGGGAUUCAGGCGCGAGGUGAAGUGGCUAAUUGUUCGGCUGAUGCAGAGUCUGGAGGAUCAGUUCAAAGAGGACAUUAAGGUGUAUCUGAGGAGGAUGAUGACGAGGAAGUGGCUCACCAACGAUGAAGACUUUAAUCACCUUCGCAGCCGAACACAGAAGCUGUCCCAGGACUGCGACCUGAUGAGGCCUCCACAGGCUCAGGACUUUGCGAGCCAGCUGCAUCACCACGUGGCGAAGGAGUACAUCGGCCAUCUGAUGAGGAGCAACUACUCCUGCAGGAACCGGAAACACGAGAAGGCCGCCGCCAAGAUCCGCCGCCAGUGGAGCGAGCUGAGCGACCUGUUUGAGGAGAUGCAGGAAGCAUCUGGUUGCUCUGCUGUACUUCAGGGGUCUUCAGAGGGGCCAUGAGCACCAGGUCAUCCUCCAGAGACUCGCGGUCCUGAAAAAAGAGACGGGCGUCGCAGACGGCAACCGAAGCCACGUUCUGUUUGGAGACAUGCAGGUCACCACCAACACCGACUGUCUGUCCAGCCUGCCGUCCUCCUGUCUCAGUCUGCUGAGGGACAGCUGAGGACAGGCUGCMGGGGGGCACACCUGUGGUCUCAGCGAGUGGACACGUGGACUGAUGUUAAACGGUUGUUCAGAGCUCAGCUGAGGAGUUUUUGAAGAUGUAGUGAAUAAAAUAAAACUUGUAUGAUGUGAUGAAAUUA